AGCAAUAUAUAAGAAAUAAUAAUAUACACACCCAACCCUAAAAGCAUUCCAUAUCCACUACAACAACUCAGUUACAAGUAUGCAUAUAUAUCUUACUUGCAAAACUUCAUCAUUCUCAUCUCUAGCUCUUCCGUUUAAUCUUUUCCAAAUUCAGCUUCCAAAAGAGAGAUAACCCUACCGAAACAUCUACUCUUCUUCCUCUUCUUCUAAAUUGUCUUCUAUGGAUAUCGAAAAGGCAGGGAGCAGAAGAGAAGAAGAAGAACCCAUUGUCCAAAGGCCAAAGCUAGACAAAGGCAAAGGCAAAGCUCAUGUGUUUGCUCCUCCUAUGAACUACAGUCGGAUCAUGGAGAAACACAAGCAAGAAAAGGUGGGCACCCCCGGGUGGAAAAGAGGUGUUGCGAUCUUCGACUUUGUUCUAAGACUCAUCGCAGCCAUCACUGCCAUGGCUGCUGCAGCAAAGAUGGCGACGACGGAAGAGACCCUUCCUUUCUUCACUCAGUUCUUGCAGUUCCAAGCUGACUACACUGAUCUACCAACUAUGUCAUCUUUUGUGAUAGUAAACUCAAUCGUGGGCGGCUACCUAACCCUCUCAUUGCCUUUUUCAAUUGUAUGUAUCCUCCGUCCUCUCGCGGUGCCUCCUAGGCUCUUCCUGAUCUUAUGUGACACGGCGAUGAUGGGUCUCACUAUGAUGGCGGCAUCCGCUUCUGCCGCCAUAGUUUAUUUGGCGCACAACGGGAAUUCCAGCUCGAACUGGCUUCCAGUUUGCCAGCAGUUUGGUGACUUUUGCCAAGGAACGAGUGGCGCUGUGGUGGCGUCCUUUAUUGCAGCGACUCUACUCAUGUUCCUCGUCAUCCUUUCUGCUUUUGCUCUCAAGAGAUCGACCUGAAAAUUUGGAUUGAUCCUCUCGAUUAAAUUUCAAUGUGCUCUGAUAUUCAUUUGUGUGAAAUUUAAAAUGUUAUUAUGUAUGAUUUGGUUUUGUUGUGCUGUGCUCAGGUUGUAUAA